CCAGUCACCUCUAUACACAUCAAGGCGAAAUGAAGUGCAUCUUCCUCCUCGUCUGCUUAACCGUUCUCGUCAGUCAAACACAAGGCCUGAUUCUGGAUAAGAUGUUCAACAUUUUGCCGCCAACAUUGAAGAAACUGGUGAAGAAGGUGGUUCAUUGGGCGUGUCCGAAUGAGAGAGCACCGAGCGUAGGAGGUGGUUCAUCAGAUGUGACAACUACGAAGAAGGUGACGAAGACGGUGAAAGAGGCACGCAAAUAGUCAUUUGCCAGUGAAGAUACAAGGAUCCACCUAUAUAUGACAUGGAUCACUAGAAAUUUGUUUUUGUGACGAUUAUGAGCUGUGUCAAUUCUAGAAUGUUUUUAAUAAGAGUAGUUGAAUGCCUGGAGUACCUUGUGUUCUUUUCUAAACAUGUCAGACAGGACUUGUUGGUUGUGAUUAAUUGUUUUCUGAGUUUGCUCAACUGAGAC